AGAGAAAAAGAGAGAGAGAGAGAGAGAGAGAGGCUAAAAGAGGACAGGUAACUCGUACACAGUGAUUAGUGAACAGGUAGUGAACAGAUGUAGCUUUUUCCUCUCUGAAAGUUUGGAGGUUAAUGACAAACAGAACUUCAUGCAGGACGAACCUGAGAUGAUCCUGUGAUAAAUGACAGAUUCUUCAACCGCUCGGGAGAGACACUUUGGGAUGUGGUAUGUCUUUUCUCAAAAAGUAGACUUGACCCAUCUGAGAAGAUUAAGUCAUUUUCCAGUUGAAUAGGCCAUUACAGGACCAGAUCUACACAUCUUCCUGUUGAGGUAAAGUCCAUAGAGAUGAGUUCUCCCACUAAGGAACGUAAGCCCAAGAAACCCCACUACAUCCCUCGCCCCCCUGGAAAGCCUUUUAAGUAUCACUGCUUCCAGUGCCCUUUCACAUGCAAUGAGAAAUCUCACUUGUUCAACCACAUGAAGUACAACCUGUGCAGGAAUUCUCUUUCACUGCUGUCCAAGAAAGCCAAGAGUCCUAUCCCCCAGAUUGCCAUGGAAGUUAGCACUGGAACAGCGACUACAGAAACACCUAUGGGUGUUUCUGUGCAAGCUACUGAUGACAUGAAAGACAUUUCCAAGGUUCAACAGAAAGAUGUCUAUGUGACCAUACCAAAAAAUCUUCAGAGAAGCAACACCCCUGAAAAAGAGUCAGUAUCUCCAACAGAACAGAUCUAUCCAGAUGUAUCUGAGACUGUACCAUUGUCUAGUAUUGGUGGGGAACAGGUCACUUCAGCUGCUGAAUCCUUUGAAAAGGAAGGACAACAUUCUUCUGCAGCAACACUUUCUUCUGCCUUUUCGCCCAUUUCUGCCUUUCAGGAGGAGGCCACCUCAAGCACUCAUAAACCAGAAAGGUCCCUCCCCGAUCCCUUUCUCCAUGUAUACAACCCAGUUCCUAUUCGGAAACCUCUGCAGUCAUUCCUUGCUGACCCUGAAAUUAUCAACGACAAGCUUCAAAAGCAGGCAAAAGAGACAGAACCUAUGUACCAAGGUCUGGAGUGCUCUCCUUAUACCUUCUCCCCACAUCUUUACCCUAUCCAUCCCUCAUAUUCACCUUAUCUUCUUUCUGGCAACUUCUACAACCACUUCCCUUCUCCACCACAGAUACCUCCUUACAUCUUGGAUGCUCAAAGAGUCCAUCAGCUCUUGCCCAGUGUGUUACCUGUCCACACUCUCCCAACGUACCCUACUGUGGACGAGUAUUACAGAUUCUUCCAUUCAACUCCCUCUUUAAGCUACAGCAUGUACCAUCCACCUGACCAGACCCAUCUUACUUCUAUUCCUUACCCACAGAUGGGCCACUCUAUCCUAGGUGUACACAGAGGGUACCUGGGUAACACAAAACCUGAUGGUUUCCACAACUCAAAUCUCUAUUUUGAUCAAUACAUGAUGACUCAAAGGGGUUUGCUUCACCAGGGACACAUGCUAGAAUCAGACAUUGGAGUAGACCAAGAAAGCAAAGAGAUUCAGAGUCCCAGAGUUGGCUGUUCCGCAGAUGGGUCACAAGACAGGCCAAAUGCAAAAAAUCACACUCUGAAAGACAAGUACGCCCAUGACCCAAUGCAUGGAAGUGGUAUGGCAGUCCUAUGCAGCCAAACAGGAGACAGGAAUGCUGCUGCACUUCCAGCAGAAGAUGGAAUAGUACAAGAUAACUCCACACAGCAUCUAGAGAGUUCAACAUCAAGGCCAACAGAAGAAGAGACCACUCCUCUGAACCUCUCUAAAAAGGAGCACACAAGACUGACAACAUCAGCCCAUCCCAACACCAGAGAGAGCUUUCUUGAGAUUCCUCUGAACCUCUCUCUUAAGCCAUCUUCCAGCACGCCUCCCUCACAAACCCAGUCACAAGAUCAUCUACACAUGGAAGGGGUCUCUCAAGAUGCCAUGGACACUAUUGCGCCACAAGAUCAAGACGACACCACAGAUGAGCAGAAACAUACGGCUGCUUUUGCAUUGUGUCAGCUGGCACAGUCUAGUCUGCCAGACCAAAUGCAAAGCUCAGAGACCAAUGCACACUUUAGCAAAUAUGCCAAAACUAGCACUGAUGAAAGACUUAACAAUGAUAAAAUUGUCUGUGCUCCAGCUCUGAACAACUACACGGACAGUAGUGCAACAGACACUUCCCAAAACAAAACUUCAACCCAUGAAACUGUUGAAACUGCUUCAGAUAGUUCUGAUACUACCAAAACAAAUAUUCCCGAACUUCCUAAUCCUGAAUCUGCUGUGGAUGUCACCUGCCCCACAACUUGCACUGAAGAUGUUACAGUCUUUCCAUCCAAAUCUAAGGCAAAGGCCGAAAGAGGUGGAACGCAGAAUGCAAAGAGAAAACGAGAACCAGCUCCUAGUAACCGCACUCUGAGAAAAAGACUUCUCUGAUAAUGGAAUUUAAGACCAGGGAUGCAGACUGCAGGUUCACAUCAGUCCUUUGACCUGUUAUUGUGUCCUUGAACCUGAUUUCCUUCGGUGGUGCUAAAACAUAGUAUCUAAGUAUGGCAUGCCUGGAAGGGAUGGAAAACAGGACAUUUUUAGUUGAUAAAGAAAAUGUUUGUCUUGUGUAAACAUCACAAAUGAUAAGAACUUGUAUAACCCUAUGCUUUUUUAUUUUUUUAAAUAAAAUUUUGU